AUGCAAAACAAAGAAGAGCAAGAAAGUUUAAGGAUUAUGAUAUGCAUAGAUCAAAUUAUGGUGACUUCAUGUAGUGAUCAAUUUUAUCAAUUGUUGCAAAGAUCGUUGGUCGUUCUUCAUUCUCCUAAAAAUGUUGUUCUGAAACACACGAUUAAGGAGACAUUACAAAGACAAACAUGGCAUAAUCUAAUAAAUAAAAUCUCAAUAAGGAAAGAAUAA